AUGGCGACCCCCUCACAGAAACGCGCGAAUCUCGCCGUCUCCAAAGUCGUGCCGCCUGUGCUUCUUGGAGUCGUAGCCUACGCCAGCUACGCAGUCACAAAACAAUUAUGCAUCGAUAUUCUCUUUCACCCUUUACCCUCCCACAAUGGAAAUCGUCGAGUCGGCGCCGGCGCCGCAAUUAUCACCAUCUAUUAUCUUCUCCUAAUACCUAUGGUGGCUACAUAUAUCCGCCUUCUAUAUAAUGUUUUAUGGAAUUCUGCCUUCGUCCCCCUCAGUACCCAGCAUAUAAACCCCGACUCGAAAGACUCGUCUGAACAGCAUAAUCACCAUCGCAAAAAGAGCCGUCGCAGUAAGACACGGGAUACUGAAAAACCAGCCGCCUCCGAUACGGACCUGGAGCGAGGGGUGAAGAGUCUAAAAGGAAUAGAAUCCUCAAACCCAGCUGGUCUGGAUAGCUUCUAUACGAAGAAUGUAUUUGUCUGCGAGGAAGACGGACGGCCAGCGUACUGUUCGACAUGCUGUCAGUUCAAGCCUGAUAGAUCGCAUCACUGUCGUGAAGUAGAUCGUUGUGUCCGCAAAAUGGACCAUUUCUGUCCUUGGGUUGGCGGUGUUGUGUCAGAAACGUCAUUCAAGUUUUUUAUCCAGUUCGUGUCGUAUACAGCGAUUUUCUGUGGCUUUACUCUCAUUAUCUGUGCAUAUUACACAGCGGAACUGCGACGCAAUACCGGAGGUGUCAAUCCACAUCUAUGUGUAUGCAUAGGACUAGCCGGGCUUUUUGGCUUUUUCUCCGGCGGUAUGAGCCUGACCUCCGUUCAGAUGGCCUCGCUCAAUAUCACCACGAUAGAAAACCUCAACCGUCAUACUGCUGUUUGGACACUAGCCAUUCGAGUACCAGAACAUCUCCUGGAACGACUCUGGGUAGCCGACUCUCCUUGGGCACCUACAUUUCGCACGGUCUCCUACCCCACGGAAUCACUGACAUGUCCCAGUCGGCUACAGGCCGAACAUCAGAUCCAGGGUCAUGUAUUUGCCAUUCUCAAUACCCAGCCGGGCGAAAACCCGUUUGACCUGGGUAGCCCUUACGAAAACUUGAAACAAGUGAUGGGAUAUAGUGUGGUAGACUGGCUACUCCCACUGAAACACAGCCCCUGCGCCGAUCACAGUAGCCCAGACAGUACAUUCGCUCUCGGGCCGGCAGUUGCUCGACUGAAGGAAGAAGCAGGCUUAGUCCCGCCCCCAGAAAGCAUUCCCUCCCGGCCCCAAACAUGA